CUAACCGCGGGGCAUUGUGGGGCGGAGGCGGCCUUUUCUCUGCGUACAGCCGGUCGGGGAAAAUCUUUUCAAGUAAAUAACGUUAACUGGGGGGGGGAGGAGCAGUCCUAGUGCAGCCUGCGACAAAACAACACAUUCCAAAAAAGUGUGUUUCGCGCUGAGCUUUAGCUGUUAAAAAUCGCAUUUUUACACAAACAUGGGACAGGAGGAUCUCAUGAGCACAGCCGAAGACGUGGCGGACCAGUUCCUGAGGAUAACCAAACAGUAUCUGCCCCACCUGGCGCGUCUGUGUCUCAUCAGCACCUUCCUGGAAGAUGGCAUCCGCAUGUGGUUCCAGUGGAAUGAGCAGCGGGACUACAUCGAGGCCACCUGGAGCUGUGGCUACUUCCUGGCUACGUCCUUUGUGCUGCUCAACCUCCUAGGACAGCUGGGUGGUUGCGUCCUCAUCCUUAGUAGAAAUUUUGUACAGUAUGCCUGCUUUGGACUAUUUGGCAUCAUAGCGCUACAGACUGUUGCAUACAGCAUUUUAUGGGACCUCAAGUUUUUGAUGAGAAACCUGGCCCUCGGAGGUGGUCUGCUCCUGCUGCUGGCCGAGUCUCGUUCGGAAGGAAAGAGCAUGUUCGCCGGCGUCCCCUCCAUGGGAGAGAGUUCGCCAAAGCAGUACAUGCAGCUGGGUGGUCGAGUGCUGCUGGUGCUCAUGUUCAUGACUCUGCUGCACUUUGACUCCAACUUCUUCUCUAUCCUGCAGAACAUGGUGGGAACCGCACUCAUCAUCCUGGUGGCCAUCGGCUUCAAAACCAAGCUGGCGGCAUUAACCCUCGUUGUGUGGCUGCUGGCCAUCAACGUCUACUUCAACGCCUUCUGGACCGUCCCCGCCUACAAGCCCAUGCACGACUUCCUCAAGUACGACUUCUUCCAGACCACCUCGGUCAUUGGUGGUCUGCUGUUAGUGGUGGCACUUGGACCUGGCGGAGUGUCCAUGGAUGAGAAAAAGAAAGAGUGGUAGGCCAAGCGAGGUUAAGAUCAGAGGACUGCACAGCACCACUAACUUCCCCCGUCGACUGGGACUCGAAGAGCUCCCGUUCCUCCCACCAGGGUACACGUUAUUUUCUUUUUUUUCUAGUUUCUUUUUUAUUAAUUCAUUAACACCACCUCAUCCAUUUAUGGACUAUUCUUUUUUUUAAUUUUUUUUUUUAUAUAUAUAUAUUUUACGUCAUACAUGCCAGAUUUUUUUUCAUCACAAGAAUACAAAAGCCCUAUUUCAAAGUGCAAGGUUUAUAAAUGAUGCAUAAUUCUUAAAAAAAGGUUCAUUUGUUCUGUUUGCAGAAGGGAUUAAAGUAAUGUAUCGUAUUUUGUGAUUAUCAUGCCAUAAAUUAUAAUAACUCAUAUUUUCAAUCUGGCACUGGCUUGGCUCUGGAUGCUUGUCUUUUUGGAUCUUAGUGUCAGAGACGUACUCUUCAUAUCGAACUUGAGCACUGAUUUGACAGCAGCUCGCCUCGACUCUCCAGGUUACAUUUUCCCAGUUUUUUUUUUCUCCUCAAACUGUAGCCUUUCAAACAUCUUUGCAUCUUCACUCUCAACUGACUUGGGGGUUGGGAGGGGGGGGGUUGGACGGGGUGUACAUUCUGUUCAAAUUGGUGCAUUGCAGUCAUGCUUAAUUGAAAGUUGUUAGCUCCAGGACUUGUUUUUUGCCAUUUUGUACUGUACGUCUUUGGCGAAUGCCUAACUAGUGAACUGUAUGUGAUGGGGGAGGAUGAGCGGGAGGUUCAACGUGAAACAACGUAAUCUGCGAUGUAGAAAAGCAAAGAGGACUUCGCAGAGUCUCUAGAUAUCUGGACUUGCUCAGUGUUUUUCUGCCCUGGGUAAGAAAUAAAUAAAUAAAAAAAAAUAUAUUCAGUGUAUUGAUUUCAAAAGUUUAUAUUGUAUUUUUGAUCACUUGUUUUUUGAUUUUGGAACUUUGUGGCGAAGAAAUAAAAGCUCAAAUAAAAAGUUA